CAUUCCUGACUUUCCUUGCUACUAGCGCAUGCUAAUUUCCCCGAGUUUGUUUCCAUACAUAGUCGUAGCCCUGACCCUCUCUAUGUUGUCCCCCCUUUACUGUUUUACAGUGGAUUUUAUUUUAUUUAUGGUGCUUGUUCAAUGGAUGGAGUGGCAGCGGACCAGCGGCCCUCCUGAUCCGCGAAGAGGCAAUUCAGCUGACUUGGUCCAGGGUCACUGGAUUAGACUAUAAUGCGUCAAGGGAUCAAUAUUCCUCUCACUAGUUGUAUUUCCUCUUGCUUUCUGCGAGCAUGAUCGAGGUUCCAGAUAGAUCCAUUCGCAUCUGUGCAGACAGAGGAGGGACGUUUUGUGAUGUUCAUGCAUCAUAUCCUGAUCCAGACGAUCCAAACGAGCGGAAAGAUAUCAUCGUCAAGCUUCUGUCGCAGGACACAGCCAACUACGGCGAUGCACCAACGGAGGGCAUCCGCAGGGUACUAGAGAUCGUGACAGGAGAGAAGAUCCCCCGUGGGUCCGUGCUCGAUACUAGCAAGAUUGAUUAUAUUCGCCUGUCGACAACCGUGGCGACAAACGCGCUGCUGGAGCGCAAGGGGCAUCGUCAUGCGUUGCUGAUUACAAAGGGAUUCAAGGACCUCUUGCUCAUCGGGAACCAGUCACGCCCACGCAUCUUCGACUUGAACAUUCGCCGUCCGAGCCCUCUGUACUCUGAGGUCGUUGAGGUGGACGAGCGUGUAACUCUUGUGGGGUACACAUCGGAUCCUAAGGCAGAGGAGAACGCUAUUCAGUGGAAUGAAGAUGGGAUCAUUCAAAGAGGCUAUAGGGGUCCGGGCUGGGAUGGGGAGGGUGAUGCUGAAGGUCCGGGAGACAUUGUUCGAGGGAUCUCGGGAGAAGCAGUGAGGAUCUUGAAGAGACCAGAUCUGGACCUUGUGAGGCAUGAUCUACAGCGACUGUACGACGCUGGAUAUCGCUCCCUUGCAAUCGUCCUUGUUCAUUCUUACACCUUCCCUGAGCACGAAAUACAACUCGGCAGGCUUGCACGGGAAGUUGGAUUCACCCAAGUCUCGGAAUCCUCACAGUUGCUGCCCAUGAUUAAGAUGGUUCCUCGCGGUGUAUCGUCCACCGCGGAUGCAUAUCUCACCCCCAUCUUGCGGGAGUAUCUAGACGGAUUCUUUCACGGUUUUGACGCGAAGUUGAAGGAUGGUCGGAUACAGAGCCCCCGUGUAGAAUUCAUGGGUAGCGAUGGGGGACUUUUAGACCUUAACAACUUCUCGGGCUUGAAGAGCAUACUAAGUGGCCCUGCAGGAGGCGUCGUUGGAUAUGCGUUGACGAGCUGGGACGUAAAAAGGAAAUACCCCAUCAUUGGCCUUGAUGUGGGCGGGACAUCGACUGAUGUAUCUCGCUUUGAUGGUCGCUACGAAGUAGUUUACGAGACCACAACCGCUGGAGUCACUAUCCAGUCUCCACAACUGGACAUCAACACUGUUGCAGCUGGUGGAGGUUCUUGUCUGACCUUCCGAAAUGGCCUGUUCCUUGCAGGACCCGAAAGUGCUGGUGCGCAACCAGGUCCUGCCUGCUACAGGAAAGGCGGUCCGCUAGCGGUUACAGACGCCAAUUUGCUCCUAGGUCGCCUCAUCCCGGACUACUUCCCAAAAAUAUUCGGGAAGUCAGAAAAGGAGCCUCUAGACUCAGAAGCAUCUCACGUAGCCUUUGAGAAGGUCGCGAAAGAGAUCAACGAAAGUCACGAAAUGAACCUUGACUUGGAUGACAUUGUAUAUGGGUUCAUUAAAGUUGCCAAUGAAACUAUGUGUAGACCCAUCCGCGCACUAACGGAGGCGCGCGGGUAUUCAACAGGCAAGCAUGUACUCGCAAGCUUCGGUGGUGCAGGCGGUCAGCAUGCCUGCGAGAUUGCAAGUCUGCUCGGCAUAAAGACCAUCCUCAUCCAUCGAUACAGCUCCAUUUUGUCUGCAUACGGACUGGCAUUAGCAGAUCGCGCAUACGAACUCCAAGAGCCCUCGUCAGCGUUCUACUCUGCGCAGACACGCCAGUACCUCAUCGCCCGCCUCGACAAACUUACCGGCGAUGUCAAGGCCGAACUCAAACGCCAGGGAUUUGAGGGCGACCGCGUGAGCGUCGAGCGGAUGUUGAACAUGCGCUUCGAGGGCACCGACACUGCACUCAUGAUACUUCCUAAUAAGAAUGACGGCGACAGUAUCGAGGACUUUGAGGCUGCAUUCAAGCGCGUGUACAAGGCAGAGUUCGGCUUCCUGCUCGAUACCAAGAGUAUCAUCGUGGACGACGUGAAGGUUCGUGGCAUCGGAAAGACCUUUGACGACCUCGGGGAGUCUGUCUACUCAGAAGUAGAUCGGCUUGAGAAGAAGCCCGUCGCACGCGAUCGAGCGGAUUCAACUUAUAGCGUGUACUUCGAUAAAGUCGGCCGUGUGGGCGACACGCCCGUGUUCCUCCUGGAUAACCUGGGCGUGGGCGAUGAAGUCACGGGCCCUGCGAUGAUCAUUGAUAACACGCAGACUAUAGUCGUCGUGCCGGGUGCGCGCGCUGUGCUCACUAGCAAACAUUUGUAUAUCACACUCGGAGGAUAAGUAACGAAUAAGCCACGACAUGGUAGAUUAUUGCAAUUGAUCAGCACUGGAUAGUGAUUCCAAUUGAAAAAGUGCUGAAGCUGAAAGUUCCACUAGAACUUGUACUGAAAUUGCAUAUAGUUAAUCUAGCACGAUGAACGAUUUCCUGACUACGUU